ACACAAACAGAAACAGGCGUGUUGAUGUAAAUACAUCGUUAAGGAAAGACCUCUGAGUCACAUCACAUCACAUCACAGUGUACUUACUUAUUCAGACCUCGACCGACGUGAAGUGAUAACCUUUAAUAAUUCAACAGUUUGCAAUAGUCAUCUGAAUGAAAGUGCUGACAGAGGUUUCUCUCAUGUUAGCGAGCACAGUAAACUUUUCAAGUCAGUCAGCCUGCAUGAUGUGAAAGGCUUGAAGCCGCUUGAGCAGGGCGCGUUAUUGUGGGCGUCGCGCCGCAGCGUGUCUGGAACAGGAACUGGAGCCGCUGUCAUUCAGCUGAGCGCACAAAGGUGAGCGCACCGUCAGCCAUAUUCCCACCGCCGGACUCUGUGCUCAUUUCCUCGGAGGGAGGGGAAUUUUCGGCCGAAGCUGGACUGAAUUGACUCACCGGCUCUGAGGGAGGCUCCGUGGAAAUACUCAACAUUCAUUGACAGAAGAGAUCUACAACAGGAUUCAAAAUGCCUAAACCUGUAAAUGUUCGCGUCACUACGGUGGAUGCGGAGCUGGAGUUUGCCGUUCAGCCCAGCACAACUGGCAAGCAGCUAUUUGACCAGGUGGUGAAGACCAUCGGGUUACGUGAAAUAUGGUACUUCGGACUGCAGUAUAUGGACAGCAAAGGCUACUUUACAUGGCUGAAACUUGAUAAAAAGGUCUCCUCUCAAGAUGUGAAGAAGGAGAACCCUCUCCAGUUUAAAUUCCGUGCCAAGUUCUUCCCAGAAGAUGUGGCGGAUGAGUUGAUCCAGGAUAUCACUCAGAAACUGUUCUUCAUGCAAGUGAAAGACUCCAUUCUGAGUGAUGAUAUCUACUGUCCUCCAGAGACUGCGGUGCUUCUGGCCUCCUAUUCAGUGCAGGCCAAAUUUGGCGAUUUCAGCAAGGAAGUGCACAGGCCUGGAUACCUGACCUCCGAUCGCCUCCUGCCCCAACGGGUUCUAGACCAGCACAAGUUGUCACGGGACCAGUGGGAGGAGAGGAUUCAGGUGUGGCAUGAGGAGCAUCGUGGAAUGCUCAAAGAGGACGCAAUGCUUGAGUACCUGAAGAUCGCUCAGGAUCUGGAAAUGUAUGGGGUGAACUAUUUUGACAUCAAGAACAAGAAGGGAACCGAGCUGAGGCUGGGUGUGGAUGCCCUGGGCCUAAAUAUCUAUGAGAAAGACGACAAACUUACUCCGAAAAUUGGAUUCCCCUGGAGCGAAAUAAGAAACAUUUCCUUCAACGAUAAGAAGUUUGCCAUCAAGCCUAUAGAUAAAAAAGCUCCAGAUUUUGUGUUCUAUGCCCCACGGUUGCGCAUUAAUAAACGUAUCCUACAGCUGUGCAUGGGGAACCAUGAGCUUUACAUGCGCCGCAGGAAGCCGGACACCAUCGAGGUGCAGCAGAUGAAAGCACAGGCUCGAGAGGAGAAACAACACAAACAGAUGGAGAGAGCUCAGCUGGAGAGUGAGAAGAAGAGACGAGAGGCUAUAGAGAGAGAGAAAGAGCAGAUGGAGAGGGAGAAACAGGAGCUGAUGAUGCGACUCUACCAGUUUGAGGAGAAGACCAAAAAAGCGGAAAAAGACCUGCAGGAGCAAAUGCAGAGGGCCAUGCAGCUGGAGAGUGAACGGAGGCUGGCAGAAGAGGAGGCAGCCAGAUUGGAGGCAGAGAGGCAGGCAGCACUGCUCGCAAAGGAGGAACUGGCCCGUCAAGCCCAGAGUCAGCUGAAGAGUCAAGAACAGCUGGCUGCUGAGCUGGCAGAACAUACUGCUCGUAUAGCACUCCUGGAGGAAGCCAAAAAACGCAAGGAGGAUGAAGCCAUGACAUGGCAGCACAGAGCACAAGAGGCCCAAGAUGACCUGGUGAAGACCCGCGAGGAGCUUCACAUGGUGAUGACGGCGCCGCCUCUCCCUCCACCACCACCUGCAUAUGAACCUGAUGAGAAUGAGUAUGAAGAUGGGGAGAGCAACAGUAGCUACAGUGCAGACCUGCAGACAGGCGGUAUCAAUGACCACCGCUACGAAGAACAGCGAAUCACUGAGGCCGAGAAGAAUGAACGAGUUCAGAAACAGCUGUUGGCUCUGACCUCAGAGUUGUCCCAGGCUCGUGACGACACCAAGAAGACUCAGAACGACCUGUUGCACACAGAGAACGUGCGCGCCGGCCGAGACAAAUACAAAACUCUCCGGCAGAUCCGCCAGGGCAACACUAAACAGAGGAUUGAUGAGUUUGAGGCCUUAUAAAAUAUCUGGACCAGGAAACUUUGGGAGGGAGGGAGGAAAGGAGUCUCAAAGCCCUUGUCCAUUUUCUUUCUGUCCCUAUGUCUGAGUGGUCAAUGCAAGAGGCACAUCCUGCGUACAAAAGCACAUAUGUGCGCACACGUACAUGCACACAGUAAUGCAACCGAUUUGAUUUGUUUGAUAUGAACACUGGUUCAACAUGCACUAAACUAAAUUAUUAAAAAAAUGCACACUUUGACACAAUGUUUAUCCCUUAGUGGUGUACAUUGAAUUUCAGGGUAAUACUUUACAGUAAGAAUCUGUACUGUAGCAUUAUUUAAUAUGCUUAAUUAUCAUCAUCAUCAACAAACAAUGAACGAUUUCAUUUACAAUUUCAAUGAUCAACAUCAUUUAUUAAUGUUUGGUAAUUUGUUCAUUCUUUGUUUGCUGUGCUAAUUAGUGAUAACUUUUAAUGUUUAUUUAUGCAGUAUAUGUAGCCAUAAACAUUAACAAAGAUUAACAAAUUGCUCAGUUAAUUGUGUUAACUAAUGUUAACAUACACAGCCUUAUUGUAAAACGUUACCAAUUUCACAAACGCACACCAAUUUCAUAGAAUGUACUGAAAUAAAUCUGCUUUUGCCAUAAAAAUAUGAAGCUAAAUGCUAUUUAAACACACGUGCCAACAAUGCAUCCUCCUUUUGUUAAAUAUAUGUUAGUAAUUCAAUAAUCUGGCCAAAAUAUAAUUUUAAAUAGUUUUGGGUUGUAAUAAGUGGUACUUUUUCUCCCCCUUUUUCUUAUUAAUGAUCCACUCAGCACAGGGCUUGGCAGUAUGAUUAAUUUGAUGUAUUGUCUGAUAUUAAAACGCUUUAAUUCAUGUUGAAUAUGGCUUUUGCCAGAAUAUUUGUUAUAGUGUUUAUUUAUUCAGUCUUUUGGGUUAUUUAAGGUUUAUGGGUAAGAUGUACUUUUCUUCCUUACUAAUGACAGUACAGAUUCAUUUGUUUGUUUGAAUUCUGUACUGACCCAUCAUGAUUCCUUUUUGAAGAUAUUCAUAUGUAAGUUAUACUUUUUUAUAUAUAUAUAUAUAUAUAUUGGAUUAUGUUCAAGUGCAUGUUAAAUCCUUAGAUUGCCUACAUUAGAUACAAACUGAUUUUUUUUAUGACUUUGAACUAGUUACUGAAUGUUUAUUGCCAUGACCGUGGGAUGAAGGAAGAUUUGUUUAAUAGACUUUUGUAAUCUCAGUAGGUAUCUAAAUGGAUUUUGAUAUAUGCUGUGUUGGUGGAUCUGUGAGCAGAGUUUCUCACGGACUUGCUAGCAGCUCUUCAUAUUUGAAUUAAUACUAUUAAAAAUAGCACAAAUCAGGUAGUGUUAAGACACCUUUACUCUGCUGGUGGGACCAAAUGUAAAAUUUAUCCAACAGAUGAAUGGAGUUUUAUGAGUAACAUACAAAUGGGCGAAUAUGACAAUUUAGUAAAUUGUUUCUGUGAUGCCUGUAACCAUGCGGUGCCACUUUCAUAAAAAAUAGAAUAGUAUUUUUGUUGCAUUUUUUUUUUGGUUUUUGUACAUAGGCUGAAGGUCUUAAAUGUAUUUGUUUUCUCCAAUUGAUCCUGACUGUUAAUUCAUUCUUGAUUUUCCACCAUCAAAAUCAGCUGUUUUAAUCACUCGCAGCACUUUGAGCGCUUGUGUUUAAAAUAUUACUUGAUAUCAUCCAUACACAGAUAAGCUUUUCACACUACGCACUACCAACCAAAGGCAGAUGAGGACUGUUUUUACAGGGCUUAACAUUGUUUUGGUUUUUUUAACCCUGGGUUAUGAAGCUAGUAACUAACCCAGGUUAAGAACUAGUUGACCCUGGGUUAACAUUUUAAAGUGUGACUUAUGUGUAUAAUAGAAAUGAGUUGUUAUCAGUAGUAAUAUAAACUCAAUUAUCAAGCUUCACAAUUGGAUUUAUUUAUUUUCCCCUAAAAGGUGUUUAUUAUAGUAGAAAUAAAGAUUUAUGAUGAACAGA